UCGCAGGCCGGUAUAAGAAGAGUCUCCAUUGCUCAUUUUCUGUCAAAUUCAUCCCCUUUCCCUGGAAACCGGCUCCGAUCCCGCUGUCUAUAACUAGGAUGGCUGCAGUUGAUCGCACCGUACUCGUGCUUGGGGGAGCUGGCACCGUCGGCUCAGGCAUCGUCAAAGUUCUGCUGGAGAAAGGCUUUCGUGUGGCAGUAAUAUCCAGAGAUGCGGCUCGCUUAGAGAAAAUAAAAAACUUUGUCUCAACUGCUACAAAAUCCAGGCUUUUUACACUGGUUGGAGAUGUGGGUUCUGAAGAGGGUGCAGAAGCAGCUAAAAAUGCAGUCCUCCAGGCUGUUGAGAAAGUGACAGAUAUUGUGUCAUCCCUGGGGUUCAGCUGGUGGCAGGGUGGCCCUCCUCACACUCAAACACUGGAAGAACUCAAUAGGGUUCUGAACACACUGGUGCUGAGCACUUUCACAUCCUGGAAGGCAUUCUUUCCUCUGGUUAAAGAUAACCCCCAUGGAUCAUACACAUUUAUAACUGGUGGUGCCGGGGAGCGCCUACUGAUGCCUGGGACUGGAUUCUUGACCCUGGGAGCUGCGGGAGCUCUGGCAUUCUGCCAGGUUGUCAGAGAGGAGUACCCUGACGUCCCAUGCAAACUGAACGAGGUGAAGUUCAACAUGGGUGUUGUGACCCCAGAUCGGAUUGCUCCUGGCUUUGUCAAUCAUCUGGAUGUCGGUGAAGCCAUGGCCAGUAUUUUGGAGAAGUCAUCUGUUUCCCACUACAUAUUCUGUGUGAAUACCCCAGCUGAGCUGAAAGCCUUGAUCACAGAGGGGAAAGUUUGAACCUGAAGACCCUUCAAAUCUCUGUACCAAAUCAGCAUUCGACAUUCUGUACUGCAUGUAUUGUUUAUUUUUAAUUUUAAAGUCCUUUAAUACUACAGUGGUGUGCACUGUACUAUAAAACCAGUAAUAUGUCUGCCAAUGCUUGUGUUGAUUCUUGCACUUAAACUGAAACAGAUUAAAAUCACCUGUCUCCA